AUUUGUUUAUCUAUCAAAGGAAGCCAUUUUGGAAUAACGUGGCCCCAACAAUGUUGCCAUUUGUAGCUAGAAGUAGUUCUAGGAGCGAAAUAAACCACUUCGCCUCAGUUCCCAGCAGCCUCUUACCAGCAUUUGGCACCAACUUUGAUGAAGGGUAUUUGAACCUUAGAAAAUAUGUAAUAGCUCCGUAUAACCGAAGAUAUCGGUUGUGGCAAACGUUCUUAGUUGCAUUGGUGGUUUACUCUGCAUGGGCAUCUCCAUUCGAGCUAGCCUUCAGAGAACUGUCAAUUGGGUCGCUGGUGCCAGUUGAUAUCAUUGUGGAUGGCUUCUUUGCCAUUGAUAUUAUCCUUACUUUCUUUGUGGCUUAUUUGGAUAGAUCAACUUAUCUCCUCGUUGAUGACCAUAAGAAGAUUGCUAUAAGAUAUAUUAAAAUGUUACACUUCCCAAUGGAUCUAGCAUCCACUCUCCCUUUCGACCAGAUAUACCAAAUUCUGACAGGCAAACGACACGGGCCCGAGAUCUUUGGUUUCCUAAAUAUGCUUAGACUAUGGCGAUUGAGACAUGUUAGCGAAUUCUUCUCAAGGCUAGAGAAAGACAUACGAAUUAGCUACACUGCAACAAGAUUUUGUAAACUUAUAUGUGUUACGCUAUUUGCAGUUCACUUCGCAGGCUGCAUGUAUUUUUGGUUGGCUUUCCAUCACAAAACACCCGAAAAUACAUGGCUCCACAAGGAACUACCGGAUUUUAAAUAUAGGAGUGUCUGGUUGUGUUACAUCUAUUCCAUGUACUGGUCUAUAACAACUCUUACCACUGUUGGCUAUGGAGAUCUGUAUGCAGUGAAUACAGAGGAGAAGGUUUACAGUAGUUUAUUUAUGCUGUUCAACAUAGGCCUCACGGCAUAUAUAAUCGGAAACAUGACUAAUCUGGCAGUUCAUAACACCGUCCGAACCUUUGCAAUGAGGGAUGCCUUUAACAGAGUGUUACGAUAUGCAAGCAAAAGUAGACUCCCAAAACGUUUGAAAGAACAAAUGUUGGCGCAUAAAGAAUUGAAACUUAAGAUGGAAGAGUCACAGCAACAAGAAGUGCUACAGGACCUCCCUAAAGCAAUUAGAUCCAGUAUUGCUCAACAUCUUUUCAGCAAUGUAGUUGAUAAAGCAUAUUUAUUUAAAGGAGUCUCUGAUGAGUGUAUCAUUCAGCUGGCGUCAGACAUGAAAGCAGAAUACUACUUACCUAAGGUUGACAUUAUCUUGCAAAAUGAGAUGCCAAUAUAUUUCUACAUUCUGGUAUAUGGAUCACUGGAUCUAUUUAUACACAAGAAUGGAAGCGAACAGCUUUUGUUUGAAUUAGAACCUGGAGGCAUGGCUGGAGAAAUCGGCGGGAUGUUUAAUAUUCCACAACCUUUUACAGUUAGAACUAGGAGGCUCUCCCAGGUCAUACGAAUCAACCAACAUCAGUUCAAGCAGAUGAUGCAACCAUUUAAUAAUGAUGGGAGACAAAUCAUCAACAACUUCAUUAAGUACUUGAGGGAACAAAGAAGCAGCGUGCUAGAAGAAAUACCAUACUUAUCAGAAUUACUAGGAGACCUGUAUCUCGAGCAUAUAACACAAAAUGGGGACUCACACGAUGAAGUUUCAAGAUAUCACGAUGAUGGACCAUGUAAAGAAGGAAGGACUAUAAAUUCCAAUCCAUGGUCAAGCCCAGCUUCCACUAGAGUAAUAAUCCAUGGUCAUCAUCCCAAUGCAAAGAAAAUGGGAAAAGGAGACACGAAAAAGCUCAUACUUCUCCCGAGCUCAAUAGAAGAGCUUUUCAGAGUAGCAGAGAAAAAGUUCGGUAAAAGAGCGAGCAAAAUUAUUAUGGCGGAUGGCUCAGAAGUAGAAGAAAUAAACGUCUUAAGAGAUCAUGACGAGUUAUACAUCUUCUAAUGAUCAAAUUCAAGACAUCUAGAUGAGGCCGGUUUGGUCUUUGUGAUAUGAUGCUGUGUUUCUAGACGGUUUAAUCAAACAAGCUCGGGAUGCACUGUAAGUCUGUAAGUAACUAUAUUACAAAUUUACAAUGACAAAAGCAGGUAUCCAUUCAAUAUCGAGGAAUUAAUCUGUUGUAUAAGCAUGGAAAAAUCCAGAGUGAUACCUUUGGCUAGAGUAUAUCAGUCUCUGUUGAGCAUGUCAAGAACAGCAUAAGCAGCCUUUUGGAAAUGAUUCUUCUCUUCAUCCAAAGUCCGUUUCUUAUCCAGAGCAGAGCCUUUACAUUUCUCUAUCUCUUCCUCUAUUAGAACAGAAUUUUGAUUGAUUUCACUGCAACCAGAAAGGAACAUAAAAUUUCAGAACAUAUAUAUCACUCUCUAACAAAUAAGUGAUUAGCCAUCUCACGUGAUCAUCUUAAGCAUGUUCUCCAUGAUCGCUUGUGCUUCGUGUGAUAUCUCUUCACGGUAACCAUGAUCCAAGUCAAACAGAGAAAAAAAUCAGUGAUGGGUGUCAAAAACCUAACAGCUCAAUGUUGCUAAAGAUUCUGUGAUGCCACGCUUUUGAGACAACUCAAGUUCAGUUAGAAUGAAAGAGAGUUCGUUAAAUUGUAGCUGAAGUCUUCUAUCUCAGCCAAUU